AUGGACCGCGACCUGGCGACAAGAGUGUAUGUACUCCUGUUUAUGGCUUACCGCAGCCGUUCAACAGAUAAAGAUACUCAGAUCUGGCUUGACGAUUGGAAGGGGCGGACGUCACGGCGCUUAGCGGGUUCCAUGCUGUCUCCUCUAAUUGACAAAAGUGAUGACUGGCGCCGUUUACGUGACAGGGGCUAUGCCAGCGAUGAAUUAUUACGCCGUUGCAAUGUGCAUCACAAGACGCAGUUAGCGCGUCACAUUUUAUGUGUGCUGAUCUAUCACGACGAAAUUAUAGCACUAACGGGCAGCGACGAGGAGCCUGAUAACGGCGUUACGACGCGGUUGCGACGGCAUUUUGCCGGGCUGAAGAGUAAUAAACCGUAUCGGGAGGCAUACGCAGCCAUGGUCGCCUCUGCGGACUGGUCGAUAUUAGAGACGUUUUAUGAGCAAGCGCUCGCCCAGAUGAGUCCUCAGCGGACUCUUCACUACUAA